AUGGGAAUACAGUGGCUUGCCAAGAAAAUGUAUAACAAAUAUGAUUUGUGGAACAAAACAGUCACAAAGACAAAGCUAUUGAAUGUUCUCAAUUUAGAUAACAACAAUAGUAUGUCUGGUAUGAAAUGGAUAAAGGAUUAG